UCCCCGCAUGCCACUAGUAAGCUCGCGCGGGCCAAGAGCCGAGACUCAGAAUAAGAGUGAGACCGGUGCGUGCCGGCCGGGCUUCGGGGCUUUACGGAAACUGGGCGGUGCGGCGGCCCCGCCCUCGUGCGCAGGCGCAGAACCGUUGUGGCCGGAGCGGUUGCGGACUGAGCGGUUUCAAGCCGGCGUCCGGGAGCGGCAGUACUGGGCUACUGCGGGGGCGGCUCGACCCAGCCUGAGGCCUCGGCGUCCGCCUCCCGCGGUGCGCUGGGAUCCGCCGACAUGAAUCCCAUCGUAGUGGUCCACGGCGGCGGAGCCGGUCCGAUCUCCAGGGAUCGGAAGGAGCGAAUGCACAAGGGCAUCGUCAGAGCCGCCACCGUGGGCUACGGCAUCCUCCGGGAGGGCGGGAGCGCCGUGGAUGCCGUGGAGGGAGCUGUGGUCGCCCUGGAAGACGAUCCCGAGUUCAACGCAGGUUAUGGGUCUGUCUUGAACACAGAUGGUGAGGUUGAAAUGGAUGCUAGUAUCAUGGAUGGAAAAGACCUGUCAGUAGGAGCAGUGUCCGCAGUCCGGUGUAUAGCAAAUCCCAUUAAACUUGCUCGGCUUGUCAUGGAAAAGACACCUCAUUGCUUUCUCACUGACCAAGGUGCAGCACAGUUUGCAGCAGCUAUGGGGGUUCCAGAGAUUCCUGGAGAAAAACUGGUAACAGAGAAAAACAAAAAGCGCCUGGAAAAAGAGAAGCACGAAAAAGGUGCUCAGAAAACAGAUUGUGAAAAACGUUAAUUCAAGGAUUGUUGAAGGCAAGCCUGUGAUAAUGGAGCAAAUGUGGUUGGUAAAUGAGAGAUGUACAAGCAAGAAGCUUGGCUAAGAAUCCAGAAGCAAACUAUGUGACACAUACAGCCCAUCGUUUGAAAUAUGUUUCUAGGAUGCAUGACCUCCACUGUGCCACUAGUGCUGAUGCUUGGAAACAAUAGAGGGAAUACAUACAGUGUUUUCUAGAUGUGCCCAAAGAUGGAAUAUCCUGAUUAAACUUACAUUUCACCCUAUAACAAGUCUCAGGCGCACCAUGAGAAUACCAACGAAAUGCUGUUGAAGUAAUUAAAUUGAAUUUAGAAAAGAAGAAUUCGGCUGGGCGCGGUGGCUCACGCCUGUAAUCCCAGCACUUUGGGAGGCCGAGAC